AUGUUGUUCAAGGAUAAAGACAUUGGGCUGGAAACCAAAGAUGAGCCUAAGGGGUCAAAAAGAUUGAUGACACCAUUCUUGUCCAAAAGAAUUCCCAUAGUGCAAUCUGAUGAAGAGAGAACAACUUUCCCACAUAAAAGGGUCAACUUCAUAUCAAGAUUGUUUUUCUUUUGGCUCAUACCACUGUUGAAUCGAGGAUACAAAAGAACGUUGGAAUUUAAUGACCUGUGGAAAUUAGAUGAAGAAAGCUCUAUUUCAGUGGUUUAUGAAAAAUUUAAAGACAAGCUUGAUCAGCUUACUGAUGCAUCCACGUCUCCAGAUAAAAGACUAGGAAAUUGGAAAGUUUUAAGGGCCAUAGUAACUGUCUUUAAAUGGGAAUUUUCAAAAGCUUUGGCUUUGAAGGCUUCUGGGAAUGUCUUUCAAGUUAUUGCUCCCUUGUUAAUCAAGUAUCUUAUCCAAAAUGUUGAAUUAAGAAUAAUUGACCCUUCAAGAUCAGUUGGACCAGGUGUUGGAUUUGCUUUAGGUAUAGCUGCUGUUUUGUUUUUUAAUACAAUUUCCAUAGUUCAUGCGGCUUAUAAUACUAAAACUAUUGGUGCUCAUACAAACUCUAUAUUAACAAGAGCCAUAUUGGAAAAAUCCAUAUCUGCGAGCUCUAAAACAAGAUUUGAUUUCCCUAAUGGGAAAAUUGUCUCUUUGAUGAGUGGAGAUAUAGCAAAAAUUAACAUUGGAAUAACUUAUUGUGCACAUUUUUUGACUUUACCAAUUCCUAUAAUCAUUGGUAUUGCAUUAUUGAUUUCAAACAUUGGUGCUGCUUCGUUAGCUGGUAUAUCAUUAUUUAUCAUCGGUGUUCCACUAUUAACUUUUCCUGCUAAAUGGAUGAUCAGCGUGAGAUCUAGUGCUGCAAAAUAUACAGAUGAAAGAGUAUCAUUAAUUAGAGAAGUUUUAGAUGCUAUGAAGAUGAUUAAAUUUUAUUCUUGGGAGGAUUCAUAUGAAGAAAGAAUUAUCCAAGCUAGAAAUAAAGAAAUGUCAUAUGUUUUCAAGUUCCAAUUUGCUAUCAAUAGUAUCUUAUCAGUUGCUGUCAGCUUACCCACUUUUAGUUCAAUGUUGGCAUUUUUAACAUUGUAUGCAAUUACACCAGGAAAUAACCCAGGUAAUAUUUUCUCAUCUUUAGCUUUGUUCAAUGUUCUUUCUGGAUUUGUUACAGAUCUACCAAUGCUUAUAUCAUUUACAUCUGCUGCUAUUGUUAGUUUGAGAAGAAUUUCUGAAUAUCUUGAAGCUCCAGAUUCAACAUCACAAAUUGAAUAUUUAGUACCAUCAGACCCCAAAAUUGCUUUAAAAGUUGAAAAUGGUUCUUUUGAAUGGGAAAAUUUCCGCAACGUAAAUGAUGAAGACUACUUAUCCAACGGAUUGAAAAAUAUAACAUUCAACAUUAAAAAGGGUGAAUUUGUUGUCUUGAUGGGGUCAAUUGGAUCUGGUAAAUCCUCAUUAUUAUCUGCAGUUUCUGGGUUAAUGAAACAAACUUCAGGUGAAAUUUCAUUAGAUGGAUCAAUAUUAUUUUGUGGUAUACCUUGGUUACAAAACUCUACUGUUAAAGAGAACAUCUUGUUUGGCAAUGACUUUGACGCUAAUAGAUAUCAUAACACACUAAGAAACUGUGCUUUAGAAGCGGACUUAAAAUUAUUGCCAGCUGGUGAUAUGACUGAAAUUGGUGAAAGAGGUGUAACUUUAUCUGGGGGUCAAAAAGCUCGUAUCAAUUUGGCUCGUGCAGUUUAUGCAAAUAAAGACAUAUACCUUCUUGAUGAUGUGUUAAGUGCAGUUGAUGCUAAUGUUGGUAAUCAUAUCGUUGAAAAAUGCUUUUUGGAACAAAUGUCGAGCAAAACAAGAAUAUUGGCUACUCAUCAAUUAUCAUUAGUCUCUAGAGCUGAUAAAAUCAUUUUCUUGAAUGGCGAUGGCUCGAUAGAUGUUGGAACUCAAAAGGAAUUAUAUGAAACCAAUUCCAGAUAUAGAUCAAUGAUGAGUUAUGCUAUUACAGAAAGUAAUAAAGAAGAAAACUCUAAAUCUGGAAAAGAUAUAAAUGAACAAACUGAGACAGUUAAGCUUAAUAGUGAUGGUAAAUUAGUUGAAGAUGAACAAAAAGCCAAUGAUAGUAUACCUUUUAGGAUAUAUGUACAAUACUACCAAGCUUCUCGUGGUGUUUUUGGUAUAUCUGCUUUACCUUUCCUACUUUUGUCUUUAACACUUUCAAUUUUCAUUAGUUUGUUUUCAAGUGUUUGGCUAUCAUUUUGGGUUGACAAUAAAUUCAAUCAAGGUAACGGAUUCUAUAUUGGGAUGUAUGUUGGUAUCGUUAUACUAGGGUUCAUUUUUCUAUGUGUGGAAUUAAGCGGAAUGGGAUAUUUUAUUACUGAAGCUUCCAAAACUUUGAACUUGAGUGCAGUGACAAAGAUUCUUCAUACACCAAUGAGUUUCAUUGAUACAACACCAAUGGGUAGAAUUUUGAAUAGGUUUACCAAAGAUACCAACUCUUUGGAUAAUGAGAUUGGUGAACAGUUAAAGAUUUUCUUACACUUAGCUGCCACUAUUUUUGGAGUAUUAAUAUUGUGUGUUAUUUAUCUUCCUUGGUUUGCAUUAGCUCUACCACCUUUAGCUAUUAUAUUUUUACUCACAGUAAAUUAUUACCAAGCAACCUCUAGGGAAGUCAAAAGAAUAGAAGCAUUAAGAAGGUCAUUUGUCUAUAACAAUUUCAAUGAAGUAUUGAGUGGACUGGAAACUAUAAAAUUAUAUAAAUCUGAAAAAAUAUUUGUUAACAAGAAUGAUAGGUACUUAGACCAAUUGAAUGAAGCUUAUUUGGUCACCGUGGCAAACCAGAGAUGGAUCAUAAUGGUUGUUGAUUCAAUGGCCACCGCUGUUGCUUUAAUUGUUAUGUUCUUGUCAUUGUUCAGGGUUUUCAAUAUUAGUGCUGGAUCAACAGGGCUAAUAACAACAUCAGUUUUGAGACUGUGUGAAAGUUUGACACAAGCUUUACUGUCAUAUUCAGAAACUGAGAAUGAAAUGAAUUCUGUCGAAAGAUUAUGCUAUUAUGCAAAUGAUCUGGAUCAGGAAGCAGAUUAUCACAGAAAGGACAAUAUACCUCAUCAAUCAUGGCCACAGAAAGGUGCCAUAGAGUUUCAGAACAUUUCAUUCAGAUAUAGACCCGAGCUACCUUUAGUUUUAAAGAAUUUGAGUGUUGAUUUGAAGAGUGGUGAAAAAAUGGGUAUUUGUGGUAGAACAGGUGCAGGUAAGAGCUCAUUAAUGGCUACGCUAUAUAGAUUGAACGAGCUUUCCAGCGGGAAGAUUUUGAUUGAUGGUGUUGAUAUCAGCCAAUUGGGAUUACAUGAAUUAAGAUCAAAGUUGACUAUUAUCCCACAGGAUCCAGUAUUAUUUCAAGGUACCAUUAGAAGAAACUUAGAUCCAUUUAAUGAAAGAUCAGAUUUUGAGCUAUGGGAUGUUUUAAAAAGAUGUGGUUUGAUUAAGAUUGACCAAUUGAGUGCUUUAAAAAAUCAAUCAUCUAAAGCUGAUAACGCUCAAACUUUAGCCAAUAAAUUUCAUUUGGAAGCUCUUGUUGAAGAUGGCGGUUCUAAUUUUUCAUUAGGUGAACGUCAAUUAAUUGCAUUGGCAAGAGCUUUGGUUCGUUCAACUAAGAUUUUGAUUAUGGAUGAAGCAACUUCAAGUGUUGACUAUGAAACAGAUGCCUUGAUUCAAAACACAAUCUCCAAUGAAUUUAAAAACUGUACAGUCCUAUGUAUUGCCCAUAGAUUGAAAACUAUUGUGAAAUAUGAUAAGAUCUUAGUUUUAGAAAAAGGUGAACUGGAAGAGUAUGAUUCGCCAUUGAAGCUGUUCAAUAAGAAUGAGAUUUUCAGAGACAUGUGUAAUAGCUCAGGUAUUUCAAUUGAAGAUAUGGCAUAUUGA